GUUCGAGGUGCUUGGUUGUUGUUUUCUGCAUUUCGUAAUUUCGUUCAGGUUUGGCGUCGGUAUACACAAAACGCACAAAACAGUUCUAUCAUUUUGAUACUUCCAAGGGAAUCCGGGACUUUUCUUAGUUAUUUCAAGGUUAAAUACAGACCUUUAACGUAAUAAAAGCUGCUCCAUCGUUCGGGAUAAAAUCCAAUAGUCACUGAAGCAACGUUCACACGAAUUCCGUCAUUCUUGUGUUUUUGGAUGAAAAAAUCUAAAUUUAGUGCAGAGAAGUGAACAGUUCUGAAGUGUAUCGGAAGCGAGACCGCGAGCAGUUGAAGUGUAGGGAAGCAAUACAACUUCCAGCCUGUUUGAGACGAGCAUUUAGAAUCAAACCGCUGUGGCGGAGUCGCUAAACGUUGCUGCUGUUUGUGUGGCGGAAGUGAGGAACUACCCCAAAGCAAAAAAAAAAUCUCGCGAAGCACAGCCGAUUCGCGCGUAUAUGUAUAAAGCAAAAAAGUGAUUGUACUAUGAUAUCAUUGCGACGCUGGCCAGGAGUUUGUGUAUAGCUAUCAUAUUCACUGUACACUAGCAUCGCUCAGCAGCACCGUCCUCGUCGGUGCCGUGCCAGUUCGGUGUCGAUGAUAGCGUGAAGCAGUAGAAAGAAAACUGCUCGGAUUCGACGAUUCGAUACGUGCAUAGGUACGAGUAGAAAACAGUAUAAACCUAUCAGCGUUAUUGUCUGUGUUGACUUUUGAGGUCAGUGAAAAUGUACAAUUAUUGCUUCAGCUGCAGCAGAUACAACGUCGGCGAAGUGGAGUAAAAGUUUCGUUAUUUGAAAAUAUAAGCACUUUUUGCGUUCAGAGAAAAGAAUUAAUCGUGCGGGAAUACACGAUACAUAAUACGAUCGUGCCGCUGUAGAGGAUUAUGAGCUCAAGAUUCCCGAAGUUUCAAAAACCGGAUGACGAUUCCUUCUCAUCAGAACGUGACGCAGCCCCAUCCGAUGAUCACGUAACCUCGUUCGUGUUCAACGCGCAUCACUCGCUCAACCUUGCCGCACAGCGUGAACGUCUUCCGAUCCGGCAGUACCGCGACCAGAUCCUCUACUGCCUUGAGAACUACCAGACGCUGGUGCUGGUCGGCGAAACCGGUUCCGGCAAAAGCACACAAGUACCACAGUACCUGUACGAAUUCGGAUGGCACACGAAGGGUCUAAUUGGCAUCACCGAGCCGCGCCGAAUCUCGGCCAUCACGCUGGCCGAUCGGGUGGCUUCGGAACGGGGAGAGCUUACCGGCGAUACGGUAGGCGUUUCGAUACGUUUUGUGUCGAAAUGCAACGUGGAGAGCACCAAAAUUAAGUACAUGACCGAGGGGAUUCUACUGCGGGAAAUGCUGGCCGAUCCGUUGCUCACCCAGUACAGCGUCAUUAUCGUGGACGAAGCACACGAGAGAAGCGUUCUCACCGAUACUGUGGUAGGGUUGCUGAAGAAAAUCAUUCGUAGAAGGAGUGCCCUGAAGGUCAUCAUUUCAUCCGCUACGGUUGAUGCGGAACUCUUCCAGGAAUUUUUCAACUUGAAGAAAAAGAAAGACGAGAAGGACACCUCGGUCAUACUUUCCGUGGAAGGUCGCAUGUAUCCCUAUGAGGUGUUUUAUUUGCAAGAACCUUGUCCAGACUACGUGAAGGGAACAGUGGAAACGGUAAUGAAAAUCCAUCGUAGUGAGAAACCGGGGGACAUUCUUGCGUUCUUGACGGGGCAGGAAGAAGUGUUAAAGGCACUCGAUCUUUUGCGUGAGCAUAAGGAGGCUAGUGGGAAAGAUGACUUGACAAUACUUCCCAUGUACGGAACGUUAUCCAACACGGAUCAGUUGAAAGUUUUUUUCAACGCCCCUAAGGGAGUUCGGAAAGUCAUUUUAGCUACAAACAUAGCGGAGACUUCCGUGACAAUUCCAGGAAUUGUUUAUGUAAUUGAUUGCGGAUUUGUAAAGUUGAACUGGUAUUCAGCCGAGAGCACCACUAACAGUUUGGUAACAGUACCGACUAGCAAAGCAGCCGCGGAACAGCGAGCUGGUCGAGCUGGAAGAAUUCGCAGCGGGAAAGUGUACCGUCUCUAUACCGAAGAAGAAUGGGAUAAACUACCUGAUUAUACUCCACCGGAAAUGCGCCGAACCGAUCUCUGCAGUACGGUUCUAUUUCUAAAAGCAUUAGGAAUUGAUAAUAUCUUGCGGUUCACGUUUCCUUCACCUCCGCCGGCUAAGAAUCUGCUGGCUUCACUGGAGACUUUGUUCGCUCUGGAUGCACUCGACUCCGAUGGAAAACUAACGUCCCCGGUUGGUUACUUCCUAGCAGAAAUGCCUAUUAAUCCAAUGUUGGCUAAAAUGUUGUACAACGCCGGCGAGAUGGGAUGCUCAGAGGAAAUUCUUAUUAUAAUAGCCAUGCUGCAAGUUCAAUCAGUUUUCUCGAAACCAGUGAGCGGCCAGGCAUCUAUACGAGCCCGUGUUGCAAAGCGUAAUUUUGAAGUUGCUGAAGGAGAUCUGAUCACACUUCUGAAUGUGUAUACAGCUUUUGUUGAAAAUGAUCGCACGAAAGAAUUCUGUGGACGAAAUUUUUUGAUUUAUCGGAAUUUGAAACGCGCACAUGAAAUCAAAACCCAACUUUGCAACAUGCUGGAACGAGAAUUAAACAUACCACUGCUUUCUUGUGGUGACAAUGUGGAAACUAUAUGCCGCUGCAUUGUGUCAGGAUUUUUUCCAUAUGCUGCUUAUUUGCAUCACUCUGGAGUUUACAAAACGGUACGAGGUGACACAGAGCUUUCGAUUCAUCCACUUUCGGCUUUGUAUACCGUAGAACAGCCACAAUGGGUUGUAUUUUGUGAACUGUUGCAUACUACCAAAUUGUUUAUGAAGGAUAUCACAGUUAUUAAGCAAGAAUGGCUCACAGAACUGGCACCUCACUAUUACCAUAAAGUUACGGUCGGAAGAGAUAUUUUCUAA